AUGUCACUAAUGUCACCAAUGAUCCAAAUGUUUCUCCUUCUUGCUCUAUUCGCAACCACUCUAAAUCCAACAAGUGGAGAACCAGUAGGUGUAUGCUAUGGAAUGAUGGGGAACAACCUUCCGUCUAAACAAGACACAAUCGCUCUCUUCAGACAAAACAACAUCCGAAGAAUCCGUCUCUUCGACCCAAACCAAGACGCUUUAAACGCUCUCAGAGACACAGGCAUCGAAGUCAUCGUCGGCGUACCAAACUCCGACCUCCGAUCAAUCGCUGACCCUUCCUCCGCUAGGUCGUGGCUCCAGAACAACGUCCUUAACUAUUACCCCGCCGUUAACUUCAAGUACAUCGCCGUCGGUAACGAAGUUGUUCCGUCUAACGGCGGCGAUCAAGUGCUCCCUGCCAUGCGUAACGUUUAUGAUGCUUUACGUGGUGCGAAUCUUCAUGAUCGGAUUAAAGUCUCUACGGCCAUUGAUAUGACUUUGAUUGGAAACUCUUUCCCUCCUUCCUCCGGAGAGUUUCGCGGCGACGUUAGGUGGUAUAUCGAUCCCAUCAUCGGGUUUCUAACGAGCACGAACUCGGCGUUACUCGCAAACAUCUACACAUACUUCAGCUACAUCGGAAACCCACGAGACAUCUCUCUCUCUUACGCUCUAUUAACCUCUCCCUCCGUCGUCGUCUGGGACGGAUCUCGCGGCUACCAAAACCUCUUCGACGCCAUCCUCGACGUUGUUUACUCUGCCGUCGAGCGAUCAGGCGGUGGUUCUCUGCCGGUGGUCGUUUCCGAGAGCGGAUGGCCUUCAAACGGAGGAACCGCAGCGACUUUCGAAAACGCACGAACGUAUAACACGAAUCUUGCGGCGCGUGUGAGGGAGAAUAGAGGGACACCUAAGAGACCUGGAAGAGGCGUGGAGACGUAUUUGUUCGCCAUGUACGAUGAGAAUCAGAAGAAUCCUGAGUACGAGAAGAAUUUUGGUUUGUUUUUCCCUAAUAAACAGCCGAAAUAUUCAAUCAAUUUCGCUGGUGUGCAAGAUGGUAUAGAGGUUGAGUGA